ACAGUAGAAGGCAGCGAAAACUUGAGAGAGAAAUCAAUUGUUGGACGCAAACCCUCAAAUCUUCCGGAAGAUUAGAGGAGCGAAGCAUACACACUUUCUCUCUCCUCCAUACAAAAUUUUCUUCUUCUUCUUCCUAAUCAUAUCUUCAAAUCGGGUCUAUAUACCAAAGUUCUGAUAAACCUAGCGUAUAUUCAAUUCGUUACGAUAUUCAGAAAUGACAAAACCAAACAAGGUGCGACGGAUAGCUGAUUUCCAUCACCAUGAUUUGCCGUCUUGCCGCUCAAAAAUGUACAAUAAGCUUCACCAAAAGGAGAAACGACCAAAACCAUCAGAGAAGAAAGAAUGGGAAGGGGCAACUUGCUCUGUUUGCAUGGAGCACCCUCACAAUGCAGUGCUGCUGCUGUGCUCAUCUUAUGACAAGGGAUGUCGUCCGUAUAUGUGUGCUACUAGCUGCCGUUUCUCAAAUUGUCUUGAGCAGUACAAGAAAGCGUAUACUAAAGUCACUUCAAUCGAGGGCUCUGAACCUGGGUUGCUGGCAACUGAUGAUCCUAAUUGCUCGUCAGGAGCAGGAUGUUUAGCUGGGGCAGCUGAACUUCUAUGUCCACUCUGUCGUGGGCAGGUAAAGGGUUGGACGGUUGUGGAACCUGCACGCAAGCAUCUAAAUGCAAAGAAGAGAACAUGCAUGCAUGAAAAUUGCUCGUUUGUUGGAACGUACAAAAAGUUAAGGAAACAUGUAAGGCGGGAGCAUCCUUCAGCACGUCCCCUAGAAGUAGACCCUUCACUUGCAGAGAAAUGGAAGAAGCUUGAGCACGAGAGAGAAUUGAACGAUGUGUUUAGCACAAUCAGGUCUGCCAUGCCUGGGGCAAUUGUAAUGGGAGAUUAUGUAAUAGAUGGUAACUUCGGAGGGCUCCACAGGAAUUUUGGAUUGGAUAACCAUCUCGAUGAGACUCUUUUUAGGUCAGACCCUCUUAGUGAUCUGUGGAAUAAUAAUGUCCACCCAGACGAUCUUUUCAAUGAUAGCUAUCAUUCAUUUGAUCAGGAUGAUUUUUUUGUCCAUCAUUCUGGCACUGAGGCUGCAUCUAAUGUUUUCAACAGAAUCUCUCGACUUCACAGUAGGAUCCUAUUGGGACGAUCAAGGAGGCGGCAACGACAUCGAGCAAGUAGUAGAAUCCGGUGAUCUUUUAGGAAAAGAAGGUUUUCAAGAGUGGUUAGGAUGAUGAGACAUGUUUGUUUGACUAUUGUUUUCUUUGUCCUAACCCAGAAAAAUAUGUGAGACAUCCAUGUUGCAGAUCCUAAUCGGUUGUUCCAGCGAGGAUUGAAGACCACUGCUUACAGCAAUUUGGAGUUCCUGUAGUUGCCUGUAAAUUUGCAUAGUAAAGUAAAUUCAACCCUCCUCCCUACUCUUAGGUACUUUUAUUUCAUGAAGUAGGCAAUAGUUUCAUAAAUCAGGUAAUAUUAAAGAUUUUGUUUUCCUCUCAUUGGAUAUAUGCAUAUCCUUGAGGAAAAGAAGGUUGCAACAUUAUUUAACUAUGAACUAGUACUAGUACUUCUUGUAUUGCCUUUGGUUUUGCGCGUUGGAUGAUUCGUGUAAUAAGCUUAUUUGAGAGUACCGAUCCUUGUGUUUUUUA